CGGGGCGGGACAAGGAGGGGGCAUGGGAAUGGAUACGGGGAUGAUGCCGACGACGGAUCCGUUUGGCAGGACGAUCCGAUCGUCCGCGAUGAUAGCUGGAGCAGGACGAUCAGGCGCAGGAACAGGAGGAACGAAUGGGAUGCUGGGACCUAUCAUCCCUGAAGACGCUCGGAGUCGUUCUGCAGCGACGACAUCAGCGAUGGCGGGAGGUCGAAACGGAGGAGCCGGAAUGGGAGGUGGAAAAAGACUGCCCAAUUAUGCAGGACUGGCCAGUCCUUCUCCUUCCCCGCCGACUGGACGAAGAUUACCUCAAUCGCAAUUCAACCCGUUGUAUCAACAACAACAACAGCAACAACAGCAGCGACCACAGCAGUAUCAGCCUCAACAACCUAUGCCCGCACCUCCAGCUCGAUCGGGUCCGCCACAAGCUUCGCGCCAGGAUCCGACAUACGACCCGACAGGCUCUGGGGUGUACCCGUCCAUGGGCAUGUCCGGAUUUACCAGUGGGGUUGAAAUGAACAGGGAAGUGGCGGUCUCGCGUGCGGUCAAUGCGCAAUGGUGGGCCGGAUAUUGGUUUGCCAUGAGCGAGGUGCUUCCGCCGGCCGAGGGUUAGUGGACGAGACGAUGUGCAAGAAUCGUCGUCCACAGUUUAGUGAGAUACAAUGGGGAUGUCCGUCAUACAACGUAUCUAUCAGAUGCUCUAUAUACCAUGCAUAUACGUCACUACUUGAAGUCCAGCUGAAAAAUGUCAACGGGGCGUCAGCGAAGAAGACGUUCCGGAAGGGCACUGAGAUGCGCUUACUCGGAUGAGGAAAAGCAGUAUAUUGCUCAAAAUGUGUACCGAUGUCCAGCC